AUGAAUAUAUCAACCAUAUCAAAUACAAAUAAUAUAUCGACCAUAUCAACUAUAUCAAAACUUGCAGAAAAAGAAAAGGAAGUAAAAGAUUAUCAUCGAGAACGUGCUUAUCGAGCAGCCGUAAAAUCAAUCAAAAAUCAUCCUAAAGAAAUUACAUCAGGAAAGGAGGCACAAGAACUUAAAGGAAUAGGACAAAAGAUAGAAAAGGAUCCGGACGUCACACCACUUUUAAAAUUCGAACUUCCGUAUAUUGAAGAAUUAAAUCAUGAAAUUCCUAGAGAGGAAUUAGAAGAAUUAAGGAAACAGAUAGUGGAAACACUUGUCAAAUUAGAUGUUAGAUUUAUGAGUAGAUCUUGUGGCAGUUUUCGACGUGGUGCAAGUACAAGUCGAGAAUUAAAUUUAUUUAUUACCCAUCAAGGUUUCAAAUUAAAUCCCAAUUCUACCAAAGCAGCUAUUAGUACGACAGGAAAUAAUAUUUUAAAACGAAUAUUAGUCGAAUUAAAGAAUUCGGGAUUUUGUACUGAUUAUAUACAGAAAGGGAAUUGUAAAUAUAAAGCAAUUUGUCAACUUCCAAGUUCAGACACGGACAAAAAUCCCAAUUUACAUAGGCGAAUUGAAUUUCGAAUUUCACCUUAUGAUCAUUUUUGGUUAGGAGUUCUCGCUUGGACAGGAAAUUCCGAAUUUUAUAGAUAUUUGGUUAAAAUGGCAGCCGAAAAAAAUUAUAUUUUAACUGAUACCAUAUUUGCAAAAAAAGAUCCUAACACUGGUGAACUGGGUCCUUUAAUUUUGGUGGAAAGUGAACAGGAAAUUUUUGAAUUAUUAGAUUUAGAAUUUGUUUUUCCAAGUGAUAGGAAUUGGAAAGCUGUUCCCAAAAUUCCCAAAACAUUUGAAGAAAAAGAAUUCACUCGAAGAUUAAUUGUGAUAUUGGAAAAAUCAUAUUUGGAAUGCUUGAUGGCAUUACUUGAUAGUCCAUUGAAUAAAGCCGGAUUAAUGCAAGUUUAUAUUCAUACAAUAAAUAAUGUAUUAAUUGAAGUUAAUCCUCAUAUAAGAAUUCCUAGAACAUUUAAAAGAUUUUCAGGGUUAAUGGUACAACUUCUUCAUAAAUAUAGUAUUCAUUCUAUCGAUGGGAAAGAAAAAUUAUUACGUGUUAUUAAAAAUCCUGUGAAGGAUUAUCUUCCUACUCGAUGUGUUAAAUUAG